AUGGAGCCGUCGCCGUCGCGCUGGGACGCGUUGCGCUCGCGCUCGCGCUCCGGCAGCAGCGCGGCCUCGGCGUUCGAGUCGACGCGCAACAGCGGCAGCGGUGCUGGACCGUCUCGUCAACGCACCGUCUCCGCGACGCCCUCUGCUCCGCCCGUCGAGUUUGACGUCGAGCAGUUCGCCAGUGCCGCUGUCGGCCGUCUUCGCGCACGCUCGGGCCUCUACCGCCGUGUCUCGCCGCCGCCGACGCAGGAGCCGCCGCCGCCCAUCGCCGAGCCGCUCGUAGGCGUCUCACCGCCGCUGCACAGUCCGCCGCAGAGCGCACUGGCGCCGCCUGCCAAUCCCAACGAGGAGUUCGCGCUGCGCCUCAGCGCUGUCUACGCCCCUACGAUCGCAGCGUCGGCCAACGAGGAAUGGUAUGGCUUCUACGACCCGUCGUUCUUCGGACCAGCCGAGGAGCCGAGACGUGCUAGCCGAGCACGCACGGCGACCAAGAGCGCGACGCUCAUCGAGGAAGGCGACGUCGGCGAGCGUGUCAAGCAGCUCGACUCGCCUCGCAGUCCCGCAGUCAGCCCGUUUCCAGAGCUCGUGAGCGCGCAGCACGUGGCGCCAAAGGCACGCAAGGAUCUCGGCCGCGGCAAGCCGCGCGCAGUGCACUGGCAGGCUCAAGACUCCAAAGACAAGGACACGGACGCCCGGCACGCACUCCAGGACGGACGGAGCGGGCAGCAGGAGCACCAACCUCGGACCGGACAAGCUUCCUCUCCCGACGUGUAUUUCCCAGCGAUGUCGGUCGUCUCCAAGACCUCGCCGACGAUGUCAAAGGCGGCCGGUGGCGCCGAAGUGGGCAGUCUCGCGCUGAGCUCGUCGGCGACGGCCAAAGCCAGCGAUGCCGCCGGCGGCGCGCUGUCCCGUGCUCGUAGCCUCGGCGCUCUCCUCGAAGGCGAGUCCGGCUCUAAGGCAGACGACGCGACAGGCCGACGCCGCAGCGCUGCCGUCAUCGACGGUACCGAUCUUCUUUCGUCGGAACAUGGCGGCGCCAAGGGCACUACCAGCCAGCCCUCCAAGGCCGAUGGUGUCGGCUCGCACAAGCGCACCGAGAGCGCGUCUCUUACGCGCAGCGAGACAACCGACCUCCCCUCGCCGACGCAGUCGCUGCGCAUCGCAAGCACUCCCGCGCAGUCGUUCUUCCCCGUCGAGAGCGACGUCGGCAUGCAGUACCCGACGACGUACCGCAGCGAGGCCAAGCCGCUGCUGCGCAUGGCGUCCGCGUACCCCAGCAACUACCCGACGGCCGCGCAGGAGCCCUCGCCGCUGCAGUAUCCCGGCAGCGCUGAUCUCGGCGGCGUCAAUCUCGCCGGCCUGCAAGGCGCUUCAGGCGCAGAGUUCCGCACGGGCGACUGGAUGUGCAUCUCUGCUUCGUGCUCGUUCCACAACUUUUCGCGCAACACUCACUGCUUCGGCUGCGGAUCCGCCAAGCCUAGCUCUGGCCCGCCGACGGCCACUGCAGCGCGCCUCGCUUCGCCACCCAGCAUGCACGCGAGCCAGCAGCAGAUGCCCAGCUACCAUGAGUCCGGCCGCUUCGCCAGCUACGAGCAGCCGAUGUCGGUGCACGGCGCGCAGCGCGGCCGGCUGGCCUUCGACUUCCUCAACAGCACUUCGGUGCAGACGCCGCAGCAGUGGCAGGCGCCGACGCCGACCAUGGCACCGCCUCAGGCCAACGUUCUGCAGCAGAUUGCCCACCACAUCCAGCAGCAGCAACAGCAGCAGCAGCACCAGCCGCCGCCGCCGCACCAGCAGCAUCUCGCGUCGAUGCACGCGCAUCAUCCGGAGCCUACGCCUCAGCAGCUGCACCAGCAGUACGUGCAGCACCAGCAGCAGCAGCUUCAUCAGCAGCUCGCGCAAGAGCAGGCCGCACGCGAGCAGUCGCACAGCCGUCUAGCCGACCGCGCCGGCAGCUGGCGUAGUCGCCGCGUCGCCGAUCUGGUGUCGCACGACGUGCCCUCGUCGUCGGACAGCGGCAGUGCGCGCGGCAGCUUCGGCGCCGGCUCGAUGCCUCUGAUGCUCAAUCCGGGCAGCGCGCAGCCGCCGCCGUCGAGUGCUGCGAGCGGCAUGCUCUCCAGCGCGUACCAGGGCCCGGCGGCCGGCAUGCGCGAGAACUUCGCUCGCCUGCCGACGCCCACCGGCGCCAGCCACACGCCGCCCGCCUGGGAUCCGGCCGCCAUUGCGCCACUCGCCUCGGCCGCGCAGCUGGCCAGCAUGGGCGUGCGCAUCGGACCCGGCGUCAAUCCGCACGGCACGAGCACGUCGUCGAGCCGCCCUUCGACGCAGCCGCCCAUCGUCAACACGGGUAAUCUCGGUCCCAUGUGCGUGCAGCCGGGCGACUGGGUCUGCUCGACGUGCUCCUUCGUCAACUGGCGCCGCCGCCGUGUCUGCAUGCGCUGCUUUCCGUUCGCCGAAGGCAACGAGGUCUCUGCGUCGCUCGCCAGCGGCGCUCUUGUCGCCGCCCAGCUGGCAGCCGGCAUCGAGCCCAGCGCUGAUGCGCUGGCAUCUCUUGAGACGCCUCGUCGUGGCGGCGCGACCACCGGCGGCAGCAGCGGCGGAGCAACGGCCGGACAGUCGGCGCACGAGAGCGGCACUCGCUCGCGCACCGCUGUUGGCAACACCUCUUCGCUCGGCCUGACCGGCCUCGGCCUUCCGCCGCCGCAUCCGCCGCAGCAGACAGCUGUGCCGACCACGAGCAACUCGGCGCACUCGACCAUGGUCGCGACGCUCGAGGAGAAGCUGCGCGAGCUCAAGCUGGCCGCUGCCGGUGCUGCGCUUGCCUCGUCGGGCUCGGCGUCUGCUCAACCGGCCGCAGCCAGCCGCCGCGACUCUGCGAGCGACGAGGCGCAGUCGCGCUUCAACGUCACGGCCAGUCCAUUUGCGCCGCAGCCCAUCGGCACCGGUCGCAGCCCUUGGGGCGGCUCCGCGCGUCCCAAGUCCCAGCCUCGCGAACAGGCGCUCGUCGACGGCUCGCAGCGCAGCUCGCCCUUCGUGCCCGACCCCAGCUGGCGCUCGCGCAACGUCGGCGCCAUCGGCUCGCCGCCCACGACCAGCGGCCCAGAGAUCAAGCACGACUCUGCGCCGCUGCUGCGCACUCAGCCCGGCGGUGUAGUGCACGAGCUGCCGCGCCGUCCUGACGAGGCAACGACGCGCGCUGCGACGCCCGGUGGCUCUGGCGCUUCGCUCGGCCAGCGCAUCUACGCCGGCGGCCAGACUGUCGACCUCAGUCUGCUGCAGGCUGGCGCCACCGCCACAAGCGAGGCGUGA